ACCACUUGAUUAUGUCAGAUAACAAAAAACGGCAAUAUUUUAAUGACAAGAUUAAGUCCUUUGCUUUUUAUCGUUCAGUACAAGACUUUACAAAUGUAUCUUUAAAUGGUAAAUUUGACUCCACCUUUGGGAAGAGAGAGCGCACACACACUUCAGCAAAGCCGAUUGCCGAUCCAAAGACCUUACUCCAGCUGGAACAACAAUUUUUACUGGCUUAUCUGGAAAUGGUGGAGCCAUUGAUAUUGAUGAUGGACCGCAUGGACAAGUGGAAUAUCAAAUUAGAUAUAAUCCGAAUGAUCCAGUGUCACACAGAAUGUUCAGCAUUCCGCUUGCUGUCUCUGGGUCUGUCAUCUUGAGGGGAAGACUCAACUAUGAAGAAAAAACUCGCUACUUGGUUCUUAUUGAGGCUAAUGACCGUGCACCCUAUCCAGGUGACAGGCAGACUGCCACAACUACUUUGACAGUAGAUGUGCUGGAUGGGGAUGAUCUAGGCCCAAUGUUUCUUCCCUGUACUCCGGUAAACAGCACCGAUGAUUGUAGACCCUUGAUGUACAAAGCAGCUGUGCCAGAGCUCACUGACCCAGGACGGAUUAAUCCAAUUCAAGUCACUCCCAUCAUCAAAGCUGUUGAUCAAGAUCAAAACAUUCAGCCUCCAUCUGAUCGACCUGGAAUUAUUUACUCGAUCCUCAUUGGUAAACCGGCAACAUUUGCAGAGUACUUCACAUUAAACAGAACAACAGCCGAACUCCGACUUCUGAAACCAAUCAACAGAGAUCUGCAUCAAGCUUUUGACUUGAUAAUUAAGGCAGAGCAAGACAAUCGACACCCCCUACCUGCUUUUGCUAAUUUGUAUAUUGAGGUCCUAGAGGAAAACAAUCAGGCCCCGUACUUUCAGAUAUCCACUUAUCAAGGAUUCGUCAUAGAGUCGGCUGCGGUUGGCACCACAAUCUCCAGCAAUGCUGAUUUUACUGCUCCCCUCAGCAUUAUUGCCCUCGAUAAGGACGUUGAGGAAACAAAAGAUCCCAUGUUAAAAAUAUCCUUGAACAAGUAUAACAAUGUGUUCAGAAUCACACCAUCAGGAAUCACUCGCUACUUGACACUGUUGAUACCGGUAGACCGGGAAGAACAAAUGACUUACUCUUUUACGAUGGUGGCCUCUGAUGCAGUUAUGGAAAGUCCAGAAGUCACAGUUAACAUCAUAGUGAUUGACGCCAAUGAUAAUACUCCAACUUUUACAAGCAUCUCCUACAGUGCAAAUGUUUAUAGUAACAUGCAGCCUGGAGAUCCAGUAUUGCAGGUAACAGCUCGUGAUAUAGAUGAAGGUCUUAAUGGACUGAUAACUUACGAGAUCAUAGCUGGCAGUCAGGGACACUUCACCAUCAAUAACUAUUCAGGAUUGAUCCAUGUGGCACGUGAAGCCAGACUUACUGUGGGCCAUUCCUAUGCCCUGACUGUGAGAGCAUCAGACAAUGCACCUGUCCUGCAAAAAAGGAGCUCUAUCACCACAGUGUACCUUGAAGUUCUUCCACCCAACAAUCAGAGUUCACCAGUCUUUCUGCUCUCUGUAUAUAGCCUUGAGGUCAGUGAAGCUAUGAGGAUUGGAGCGGUUCUGCUUAAUCUGCAGGCAACAGAUCGUGAAAAGGACCCAAUUACCUACCGUCUUAUAAGUGGAGAUCCCCAGAAUGUAUUUAACCUUUCAAGAAAUUUAGGUUUGCUAUUCUUGGAAAAACCUCUUGACAGGGAAACCACAGAUCAGUACAUCCUGACUGUUACUGCUUCCGAUGGGCAUCCAAAUGGAAUUUCAACAGCAACUGUGACCAUAGUGAUUACUGAUGUGAAUGAUAAUGACCCAGUUUUUGAUCCACUUCUGCCAAAAAACUUUACUGUCCAAGAGGAAGAUGGAAAUGCCUUUGUGGGUCAGGUAAAGGCCACCGAUAAAGAUUUAGGGGUCAAUGGACAGAUCAGCUACAGAGUUGUUCACCCUGCUGGCUUCUUCAGAAUCAAUAGCAAUGGUAGCAUCUUCACCUCAAUUCCCCUGGACCGUGAGAUCAGGAGUCAAUACGACAUGAUUGUGGAGGCUUCCGACGGUGCAUCAGAUCCUCGCCGGACAACCACCACACUAUCUGUUGAAAUCCUGGACAUAGAUGAUAAUAGUCCUGUGUUCUCGCAAACAUCUUACGUUGUAAACCUUCCAGAGAACAGUCCUGUGGGGACAGUCUUCCUGCAGCUCAGUGCUGAAGAUGCUGACCUUGACUCCAACAUCACAUACCACAUUAAAACAGAUGAGGCUAGACAGCUCUUUGACAUUAAUCCAGUGACAGGUCACCUGUCAGUUCAGCAAGUACUAGAUUUUGAGAAGCUUUCUGUAUCUGGAAGUACAUACACUUUUGUUGUGGAGGCUUUGAACCACAAAGGGAAGAUGCCACCUGGACUGUGUACUGUCACGGUCAAAAUAACAGAUUUGAAUGAUUACGCGCCGGUGUUCAGCCAGGCUUUGUAUCGUGUGAUGGUGUCCCCAACAGCAGAAACGGGAACGUAUGUCACCACAGUCUUUGCAGAAGAUGAAGACCCUCCUGGCACUGCGGCCAGCAGGGUCCGAUAUAGAGUAGACUUGGAGCGUUCUGGCUACAGUGGCAGCCUCUUUGCUGUGGAGGAAGAGUCUGGAAGGGUAAUCACAAAAGUCAACCUCAAUGAGCGACCUAAUGCAGUCUUUCAGAUAUUUGUCAUUGCUUAUGAUGAUGGGGACCCAAUGAAGCAGAACACUUCCAUUGUUGAAAUAACCAUUCUUCAACCUUCAAUAAUCCCAGUUUUCACCCAGGAGGAAUACGAAUUUCCCCCCAUGAGUGAGAAUUCACCUAUAGGAAAAGUGGUUGGGGUCAUUUUGGCUGCUGCCAUUGACCAGACGAUAAUCUACUCUAUUAUAGGGGGUAACGAAGCAGGUGUAUUUAAGUUAAAUAACAAAACAGGUGUCAUCUUCACAGCCAAACUAUUAGAUUAUGAGGCCAUCGACAGUUACGUCCUUCAUGUGCAGGCAGACUCCUUGGCUAUGAUAAUGUCAAAUCUCCAUGCUCCUUCAAAAAGUAAUAAAGCGAAGGUGUUUAUAUAUAUCCUGGAUGAAAAUGAUCACCCUCCUGUUUUUACAAAAAAGCUCUACAUAGGUGGAGUAACUGAGGACACAAAGACAUUUACAACUGUACUACAAAUCAAAGCCACAGACAAGGACAGUGGGAAUUACAGCGCAAAUGAAUACAGAUUAAUUAUGCCACCACCUAAAGAUGGUCAAGAUGCCUUUGUGAUUGAGCAAUAUACAGGAAUCAUUAAAACGGCGAUAACGUAUAAAAACAUGCGCGGCUCUUACUUUAGAUUUAAAGUCAUUGCAACAGACGACUAUGGGAAAGGUUUGAGUGCGAGCUCAGAAAUUUUGAUAUCAGUAGUUAAUCAACUGGAUAUGCAAGUGGUAGUAUCCAAUGUGCCACCAACUAUAGUGGAAGAGAAUAUAGAGCAACUCACAGGGAUCUUAGAGAGCUAUAUUCAAGACCAGUAUCCAGGGGCAAAAAUAAUUGUGGAAUCCAUUGGACCGCGACGAUUUGGAGAUGGAUUUGACCAAGAAGAAUACACAAAAUCUGACCUGAUGGUGUAUGCCAUUGAUCCUUUAACAAACAGAGCCAUUCCUCGACAGGAGCUUUUUAAGCUUCUUGAUGGAAAGCUUCUGGAUAUUAACAAGGACUCUGAACCUUACUUGGGCGAAGACGGCCGCAUAAUUGAAAUACGCAGUCCUGACAUUCUGGCUAGUGUGAAGAAGGCAGCACAGGCAGUUGGCUACACAGAGGGGGCGCUGUUGGCUCUGGCAAUCGUCAUCUUCCUCUGCUGCAUUCCUGCAAUUCUCAUAGUCACGGUCACCUAUAAUCAAUUCAAAGAGCGACAAGCAGAGUGUGCAAAAACAGCUCGGAUACAGAUGGCGCUGCCAGCAGGCAAGUCAGCCAGUGCCCCCCCCAGCAAUCUUCAUGAGCAACUUGGGGGCCCUAAGCAACAUCCAGGGUUGGUGCCCAGAGGGGGGCCCAGGGCCCCUCAGGAUUACUACUCUUAUGAUCAGGGGUACCAUAUUCCCCAGUAUGGUAGUCGGAGAAAAUUGAUACCACCAUCUGAAAUGUAUGAUGGAUAUGGGGAAGAGAUCUUGGAUGAUAGUGGUUACUAUCUCAGUCCACAUGGGCAUGGACAAGGGAUCCAAGGCAGGGGACGAGGCAGGAGGAAAAUAGAAAGUCUGCCUACAGUAGCUGGAUUUAGUGACCAGCCCCCAGAUGAAGUGAUUGAAGAGACAAUGCCAUCAGAUUUGGUUGCAACACCUGGCAGCUUCAAAGCUGCCAAAAGCCUAAAGUCAGUGGCAAAACUGAGUAAACUGUUAAGGGCGAGAAAAAUCACUGAGCAAAAAGGUGAUGCACCUGUCACAGGUUACUCCCCAUGGAAAAAAGCCAAAAUAUUCCCAUGGAUCUUCUCGAAGAGUAAGAAAGAUAGUCGCUAUUCUAAGCUAACAUCUGCUAGCCGUGCUGAAAGCCAAGAAAGUGGGGGAUAUUCAUCAGCACAUAAAAAACUAAACAGAGUCCUCAAACGCAUCAACAUUGCAAAGAAGCUUCGAGAGCGAAAGCAGUCACAGAGCAGUGUGAGAAGCUCUGCUGAAAGUGAAAGGGAGGGGUCAGUAUCUCAAGCUGCCACGGAUUCUGAAAUAGAAGACAAAAAGACAAAGAUCUCAAUCAGUGUUACUGAUGAAAGUGAACAAGAAGCCAGUGCCUCAGAAAGAGGCCGAAAAAGGGCUCCUGAUGUUGAGCAUUCUGAAACAAGUAGUACUGCACCAACUUCAGAAGACAAAGAUUACCUUAAAGUUGACCUAGACAGAGAUGAUGACAAUGAAAGUACUGUAGAUUCAGAAGAGGAACAGGAAGAAAAACCUGAAGAUUCUGAUGAAGAAAGCAAGGACAAAUCCGAAAGAACUGACUCUCAAUCUGAAGAAGAAUCUGAAUCUGAAAAAGAGUCAGGAACAGGAAAAGACUCUGAAAAAGAAUCUGAAUCAGAUAAAGAAGAGUCUGAAGCAGAGAAAGGAUCAAGUUCAGAGAAAGAAGAGUCUGAAUCAGAGAAAGGAUCAAGUUCAGAGAAAGAAGAAUCUGAAUCAGAGAAAGAAUCCACAGAAGCUGACAUGAGCAGGACAUCAGAAGUAUCCAGAGAAAUAUCAUCACUAUCACAGAAGGGUUCAGCAUGCUCUUCAGGGAGCACUUCAGAGAUAUCUGUGGGGAGCAGUAAUGCCAGUACAGUAACUUCACAGUCAAGUUCUCAGAGAUCUUCUGCUCAGUCUUCAAUCAGUUCUUCCCUCAAGCAGACCAGAAAAACUUCAGAAAUAUCUAGUGAAGGAAGCAGUGGAAGUGUGUCUGAAAGCGCAAUGACAAUAUCAUCAACAGUAAGAAGUGGGAGCUACAGAUCCAUGAAAUCAACAGCUGAAUCAGAGGGUACAAUUGUGGAAGCAAGUGAAGAAGGUGAACCAUUUAGUGAAGAAGAAGAUGAUGCUGACAGAGAGAGAAAAGAAUCUGACGAGGAGCUGAGUGAUUCGACAAUGUCCAGGAGAUCUAGCAGGUCAUCUGAGAAAAAUGGAGACAGUCGCAGCAUAUACAGUGGGCAAUAUAGUACAGAACCAAGUCUGGUGGAGACUUUAACUGAAAGCCAUGGAUUGUCUACCAUCAGUGAAUUGGAUGAGAAUGAAAUCUCAGGCGAGGGAGAUUCUACUUCCUUCUAAACUGAAACAGAAAUCA